AAAAGCGCGACCCUCUGUUGUUAGGGAACACAAGAAGUUCGUAGUUGUUCUCCGGCUCGCAUGUUCUAGACCAGACCCUGAGCGUCGAUCGUAUUCUCCGAUCGCUUCGCAUAUGGCCAGCAUCGGCGAGAGUUCUUCUUCUGCUCCCAAACCCGCGGACGAAAAGCCAGUCUUAGUUAGGGUUAAGCGCAAAGCUUCACAGUCUCGACUCGAUGCGUUAUGGCUGGAAAUCAAUGAGAGGCCACUGAAACGACCUCUUUUGGAUUUUGACAAUUUGUCUAUUUCUGAAACGUUCAAGAAAGCGGAACUUAAAACUAAGAAGAUUUUUGUACAGCAUGUGGAGACACUGAGAAGCUCUGAGGCCUCAGUUGACAUUAUUCAGUCGUUCGUGGCACCUGAUGCUGCUGGCAACAUUGAAAAUAACCUAAAGAAUGAGGAGCGAAGAAGAAAUUUUAAGAGAGAGAGUCCAAGACAAGAACAGCUGUUGGUUAAAACUAGACAAGAACAAGAGGUUUUGACAAAAAAAGCUAGAUUUGAGCAAAUAUGGAGAAGUAGGAAAGGGAUUAAAGAUGCCAAAGACGACCAAUUACAUGACGCAUAUCAUAUUUAUGAUAUUGUUCGUCUUGAUACAAAUGAAACAUCAAGUGGAGCACCAAAGGCGGACUGUAUGACUCUGGAGGAUCAAAGUAUGUUAUCAAGUUAUCUGCCUUUACUAAGAGAGUUUAUUCCAAGUGCUGCUGAAGAGAUCGAGUCAGAUAUAAAUGCAAACACGAUGAAACAAGAUUUGCCCGUCGAUGAUUAUGUAUAUGACUACUAUACUGUGAAGAAUAAUGUGCAGAUUGCUGAGGACGAUGCCUCUAAUCCAUUUCCUUUGAUACAAGUCGACGACUUGGAUCUAUAUGAUGGGCCUGAUGACUCGGACUAUGAAAGUGAUGAUUCAAAUGCUGAAAACAAUCCACACUUCGAUUACCCGGAUGAGGCGUCCGAAGAAGAAGAGUUGGAAAGUGAAUCUACAAAUGAAGAAUCAGAAGAAGAUGAUGAGGACAAGCAGUCCUCAGAAGCUAAUGGUCUAGAAGAGGACGACCUGUCAGAGAAUGGAGUUCAAUUAGAUGAGGAUGAAAUAUAUGGUGAUUUUGACGAAGGCGAUGGCGAUAGUUUUGAUUACGAUAGUAAUGGAGGUCACGAAGAGGGUGAAGAAUGCAGAUGGUCCUACCGUUGAAUUUUUGGUAUUAUAGGACAGCUUUUUUCGACUUUGGGAGAGGGAUGUUUGUUCUACCGCUUGUCCUAUAUCAGGUAUUACCAUUUUCCUUAAGUGAGUUGCUUAAUAGGGAGAGGAAUGUGCUUGUAAUGACUAGGGAUGUUCCUUUGGAGAUUUAGAGGUCAAAAUACACUUUGCUUUGCUACUUCAAUAGAAAUUAAAAGCCCUGUAGGCCUCCUUUGGUAAUAUAUUCCUGUUCUCUGUUUCUUGUUGAGAAACAGAUCUGUCGGGUUCUUGUUUCUAAAA